CAACGAGGUUUCUUUGGAAAAAAGACUGGUUAGACCAAUCAACCUCCACGUUCAUGUCAAUGGCCGACAAAAAUUAAUUUGCUAAACAUAUUGCAGAGAAAAAUUAGAAUUUCGUCAUUCAUAAGUUAUCACGAAGAAGAAAUAUACAAAAAAGGACAGGAUGGCGACAGUUAAAGACCUUCAGAAAAAAAUAAAAGAGUUGGAAGCAGAGCUGGAGAAAGAAAGAAGGGAAAAACAAAAUGUAUUGCGGCCGAAAAUUUCUCAAAUGAGUUCCGAAGUCGUCGAUUCGAAUCCUUACAGUCGUUUGAUGGCUUUAAAAAGAAUGGGUAUAGUAGAUGACUAUGAGAAAAUCAGAGAGUACUGUGUAGCAGUUGUUGGAGUAGGUGGAGUAGGAAGUGUUACAGCUGAAAUGUUGACUAGAUGUGGAAUCGGCAAGUUGUUAUUAUUUGACUAUGAUAAAGUAGAGCUAGCUAAUAUGAACAGAUUGUUUUACCAACCUCAUCAGUCUGGUAUGAGUAAAGUAGAAGCUGCCGAAAAAACACUCAAAGAAAUCAACCCAGAUGUUGAAUUUGAAGUUUAUAAUUAUAACAUCACCACCAUGGACAACUUUACUCAUUUUAUGGAGAGAAUUAAAACUGGUGGAUUCAAGUCUGGGGAGCCUGUAAACUUGGUGUUGAGCUGUGUGGAUAAUUUUGAAGCUAGAAUGACAGUAAAUACGGCGUGUAAUGAACUAGGACAGAAUUGGAUAGAGUCAGGAGUCAGUGAGAAUGCUGUGUCUGGUCAUAUACAGUUUAUUAUUCCAGGAGAAACAUCUUGUUAUGCUUGUGCUCCACCCCUUGUUGUAUCCACCAAAACAGAUGAAAAAACUCUAAAACGUGAAGGUGUAUGUGCUGCUAGUCUACCUACAACCAUGGCUGUAGUCGCUGGUUUCCUAGUCCAAAAUACUCUCAAAUAUUUAUUAAAGUUUGGUGAUGUAAGUUAUUAUUUAGGAUAUAACGCUUUACAAGAUUUUUUCCCGUCAAUGACCUUACGACCUAACCCCACCUGUGACGACAGACAUUGUGUUAAUCAACAACAUGCAUUCCAGUUGCGGGAAAAAUCAAAACCAAAAGUAGAAAAAGUUGAAGAAAAAGAAGAUGAUGUUAUCCAUGAAGACAAUCCUUUUGAAAUUCAGUUAGUGUCAGAAACUACAGAAGAAGAAUUAAAAAAUUCCGAAGGUUUCGUUCCCGAUUUAGUUCAGGGGUUAAAGGUCGCAUACACGACCCCUGCUCCUUCACAGAACUCUGAUUCUGGCGCCAUGGUGGAUAACACUGAGAAAUCUCUUGAAGAAUUAAUGAAAGAGAUGCAAACAUUAUAACAUAACCCAAACUUCCUGUUUUAUUUGGAAUCAAAAUAUUGUAAAAUCAAGAAUUAUGGGAGGUGAUAAAGACUUCAGCUUAUGCUGGAUAUAGUGCAAAGCUCAUCUAUUUGACACCCCUCAACUUUAUAUUGGACUCUUCCACACAUACAUUCGUUCUAUUAAUAUGAAAGUGUAUAUGUAUGUCUGGAAAAGCUCAUUUGUGAAAUAAGGGGUGUUUUUGUUUCCUGUAUUUCAUGAUGUCUUUCAUGAUGUCUGAAAUUUGUCCAGCACCCUCCUUCUUCAGAUGUAUUGAUUAAGGUUAAUUUCUGGAUACGCUUAAUGGUACGAAUAGGCUGUCUACAGACCCCCACCCACAUCCUGCCUCCGACAGCUUCCAUAGGAAUUAUGGAUAAUGUGUCUUUGGUUUCUACAUCAACC